CGGCCAAUAGCUACUUGUCCAAACACUUAAAUUCCCGCUUUAUUGCUAAUCAGUUAUAUCAUAUAACAUAUCUUAUAUCUUGUCCGGUUUUUUUUGCUAUAAAUUAAAGAAAAAAAAAGAACAAGCCAUCAAUUUAACGAACACAAAGCAUACUCUCUGCUCCUAACUGGCAUUUCCUCGAGCACGUAGAGGUCACAAAUACUACAAACACUAAAAUGCCUUCUUCUUCUACCACUGUCGUCUCCAAAUGCACAAUUCAUCCAGACCAGAAAUCCACCCUCAAGACAUUGAAACUCUCUGUCUCUGACCUUCCUAUGCUCUCCUGCCAAUACAUCCAGAAGGGUGUUCUUCUUAAUUACCCUCCUUACUCCUUUGAGGAUCUCAUUUUGUUCCUCAAGACCUCUCUCUCAGCAUCCCUCUCUCACUUCCCGGCUCUCGCCGGCCGUCUCAUAACAGACCAAGAUGGCCAUGUUCACAUCUUAUGUAAUGAUGCUGGAGUCGAAUUUCUUGAGGCCAAGGCUAGACAUUUAGACACAAACACGAUUCUGUCACCAAUUUAUGUCCCUGACUGCUUCAAGGAGUUCUUCACUUUCGACAGGACGCUUAGCUAUUCCGGCCACUCCAAGCCCUUGGUGGCUGUCCAAGUGACGGAAUUAGCUGAUGGGGUUUUCAUCGGUUGCACUGUAAAUCACGCGGUCACUGAUGGAACCUCGUUUUGGCAUUUCUUCAACACGUUCGCUGAAGUCUGCAAGGGAGCGAAGAAAAUUUCGAAUACUCCAAAAUUUACUCGAAACACAGUGUUUAACUCUCCUGCAGUGCUUGAAUUCCCCGUCGGUGGACCAAAGGCGACGUUCUCCGGUGAAGAGCCAUUGCGCGAGAGGAUUUUCCAUUUUAGCAGAGAAGCGAUCUUGCAGUUGAAAUACAGAGCCAAUAACGGUACUCUGUUACAGUGCGCAGAGAUAUUAGGGAAGCAAUGUAACGACCAUUUGAAAGUCGUUAACGGAGAUGCAAACGGCAAGAUAACGCCCGUUUUGGAAACUGUACUAAAGAACAAUCGGACGACGGAGAUUUCUUCCUUUCAGUCUUUGAGCGCUCAGCUCUGGCGCUCCGUGACACGUGCAAGAAAGCUGGCGCCGUCCAAAACGACCACGUUCCGAAUGGCUGUAAACUGCCGACGUCGGCUGGAGCCGCAGCUCCACCCAUACUACUUCGGCAAUGCGAUACAGAGUAUCCCCACCCUGGCUUCGGCGGGAGAGCUCUUGGCUAGCGAUUUGUGCUGGGGAGCCGAUCUACUCCACAAAAACGUGGUGGCACACGGUGACGCGACGGUGCGACGCGGCAUAAAAGAUUGGGAGAGAGAGCCGAGGGUUUUCCCGCUAGGGAACUUCGACGGGGCAUCGAUCACGAUGGGAAGCUCGCCAAGAUUUCCAAUGUUUGACAAUGAUUUUGGGUGGGGCCGGCCUCUUGCGGUGAGAAGUGGUAGGGCCAACAAGUUUGACGGCAAGAUCUCAGCCUUCCCUGGAAGAGAAGGAAAUGGAGCCGUUGAUCUUGAGGUUGUUUUGGCACCAACUACGAUGGCUGGGCUUGAGAGUGAUCCAGAGUUCAUGCAGUAUGUAUCAGCAAUCCUAUGAUUGGUCUGAGUCAAAAGUUCUGUUACAAUAGAUACCACUUGAGUUGUGUUUAUAAGAUUUGAUGUGCAUUAUGUGUGAUAUGUGAAGCCCAUGAAUUCCCUUAUAUUCCGUGUCUCUGACUGAGCGGUUGGGAAUUGGGAUACCAACUACUGGAAUAUUUAUCAUUUUCGUUUUCAUUGUUCUUUUUUUUUCCGGUGUAAAACAUAAGUGGGCAAGUGGCUCUAAAUACCAAGAAGUAUAAACUUGGAUAUGUAAAUCUAUUUCUGGCUUGAGAAACUUUAGUCACACC